AUGAGUGGUGAUAUUGAAAUGGAGAUUGUUGAAGAAUAUGCAGAUGUGGCAAUGGCAGAUUCACAAAUCAAUGUUGUGUUUGAAGAUGAUCUAAUGGAUGAUCUAAUGGAGGAUCUAAUUGAAGAUCUAAUGGAUGAUCCAAAGGAGGAUCUAAUGGAGGAAUCAAUGGAUGUUCUAAUGGAGGAUCUAAAGGAGGAUGUAGAGAUAGAAGAGGGAGACGACGAUGAUAAUAUAAUGGAUGAUCUAAAGAAGGAUGGAGAGAUAGAAGAGGAAGAUGACGACGAUGAUAAUAUAAUGGAGGAUCUAAAGGAGGAUGCAGAGAUAGAAGAGGAAGACGAUGAUGAUAAUAUAAUGAAAGAUGAUGAUGAUCCAUUAUAG